UUGAUCUUGUUGCUAGGUGUGCAAGUGGCGGUAAAUUCAAAGGAUGGUUAACUCCCGUGACGUCCACUAGAUGGCAGCACUCUGAUGGCUUCUCGGAGAGUGACAGUUCGAACUGUCAGCGGUGGACGUUCGCUCGCAAUUCUGCUGGAGAUAAAGGUGUUUCCGCGUAGUCCACCAUCCUGGAGGAACUCUCGGUGUUCUAGGUUCGUCAUCGGAUGCCAACUAACGCGGACGACCGCGUUUUACCCUGGAAAAAAACGUAAUUGUGCGCGAGGCGGUGGGUGUGCACGCAGGAGAGAACGGCUUGCCGGCUCGGUCAGUCUACUGGAAGAUUCCAUUGUGAGUGGGUUUCAAAAAGUUUUUCCCGCAGGGAAAUCGGUGUUUCCGCGCGUUUGUCCGCUACUACAGGGACGCCCGUAACAUAUCAAGAUAUCGCAUUGCGCAACUCGACAAUAACGGCCGAUCGGUGCGACGUUUCGGCUGUUCGCGAUAGGAGAGGAAAGAGGACGGUGAAGGGAAUACACGGAGAGAGAGAGGGAGAAGGGAGAGAAAGUGAAAGAAAAGACUCAAGUGCUAACCGCGCGAUCGCGUUACGAAGGGAGGGAAAUUGAAAAAAAAGUUCCCAAACAAAUUUAGGCCUUUCAAGUCGUGUGAUUUUUACGAAUUUUCACACUCGCGCAUUUUAUUUUUUUUUAUUUUACUUUUCUUUUUCAAAAAGACUGAUUUCCCGCCUGGCACCCUUAAGGAGUUUAUAAAGAUGUGAUAUAGUAGAUCGAGCGCAAAAAAAAGGGGGCGAGAUCGAGCGAAUCGAAUUAAAGGGAGAAAGGGAAGUGAAAGUAGAGUGAAAUUGAAAGCGAAGAGAAAGAGGCGGGGAAAGAUAAGUGAUAUUUCAAGUCGAAUUCAAAUAAGGGUGACUCGAUCUGGGCUCGUCCCUUUUUUCUUUUUCGAACCUUUUAUCAACCCUUAGGUCGAGUUUUCGGGUAUUUUCGGUAUUCGCCAUUCAUUUUCUUAUCCAUUUUAGGAAAAAAAAAAGAAAAAAGAAAGUUUCUCGACUCUACCCCUACUUUCCCUCCAGUUAAGAAUAAUCCAUCCCUCGAACAUUUCCAGGAUCUGCUGCCCCCGUACAUCCGUAGUUUCUUAAUUUUCAUAAAGCCAAUAUUCCGGGCAAUUACAACGUACAGUAGAAUAUUUUAUCUUUUUUGAAAUAACAAAAAAAAAAGUUACAACAAACAAAAGACGCGUCUGUCCGACCAAUUUUCUCUUUAAAUAUCGAAAAGUCUCUUUAUGACGCCUUUACGAGUAAACAGCGAAACUACUAAGUAUUAAUUGGCCACGUUAUAUAUAUAUAUAUAUACAUAUAUAUAUAAUGUAACAGAGUGAGAUAAAAAGUAUAAAAAGAAGAAAUAUCUUAAGCAGUAUUCCCAGUACUAGGCGUUUACGACUAAUUAGAUACUAAUUAAGCGAAAGAAUUUGUCGGGACUGUAAAUAAAGUGAGAAAGAACGGGUAAAAGUUUCGCUUUAGUCAAAGUCGACCAUUAAUCUUGAUAACAAAAAGGAGAAAAAAAAAGGAAAAUAAAAGAAAAGAAAGAAGAGGACCGUGUUGAGCACGGUAUAUAUACACCUUCUAUGUAAUAAUUGACAAAGAGGACUCUUUAAAUGAAUAAUAAAGUUACAACGUGACAUAUAUAUAUAUAUAUAUAUCUACGUACGGGUGACCCAGGAGAAUAAUAAAUACAUAAGUAAAGUUGAGUAAGAAGAGUAAAGAAGGAGCGAGAGAGAGAGAGAGAGAGAGAGAGAGAGAAUAAUCGUUAACGUUGAAUCGCGUUGAGCGCGUAUUAUAAUUAAUGACAGAGAGUUUUUAAUUAACGAAAGCUUAAUAAGCUCGUGCAAGAGUGUCGCGAGUGACGUUAAUGAUAAGAGACGAUAAAACUAUAGGAAGUGUCUUGCGAAGGGAUAAGAGGAAGAGGGGAUAAAUUAUUAAUCAACGCCUCUACGAGUCUUGUGCUUCGUACUAUAAUAUAUAUAUAUAUAUAUAUCGUCAGUAUGUACAAGGAGCAUCCAGGUAAUUCCUCGACGAGCAGCGCCUCGGCAAAGGACGGCGACGUUGAGCUGGUGAGCAGGUUCCUGGCUCCUUUGUGCGCCAGAGACGAAGCAGCCAGGAACAUAGCCCUGGCUGCGGCGAGGACGACAGUCGAGGGAUGGCUGGGAGGUGUGGGCAGCCCAAACAAUUGGGAGGAUAGUACGGAGAUGGAAGAUUUGCCUGAUACCCCGGGAAAGUUCAAGGGUCAGGAUGGCAGGUACGACAUGAACAUCGAGAGGUCGCCACUGAAGUCAGCACCGAAGAACGUUCAUGGUUCGGGACGGAGUCAGCUGCUUCAGGACACCUUCAGGACGGAAGGAUUCUUCCCUCAGAGUAUUACGGAGAAUCAAGCCUUCCUAAAGGACACAAGUCUGGAUUCCACCGAACAUUAUCCUUUGGGGUCCUUCGAUACGGUGGAUGGACGAUUUGGAAAUGAGACGAGCUUCGGGACGCCGUCCGAGAGGAGGAGGUACCUGGGGGGGGAGGGGCUCGAAAAAUUAGCUCAGUCGAAUUCCUCGGACGAGGGCAAAGGGUUCACGAUAGAAGGUCGAGGGUUGAGGUUCAGGGAAUCCGAGCCCAGGUUCAGCUCAUCGAGCGAGAGCGAACGGAAGUUCCUUGGAAGUUCGAGCGAGCGGCUGAACGAGCAUCCGGAUGAGAGGAGGAAGGAAGAGAAAAAGUCAAAGAGCAAAGCCAAGGGCGUCAGGCAGAAGGUGGAGGAUGACGAGCUGGACUCGGACACGAGGAUUUAUGGGAAGAGUCCUAAGUUCGACGAUGGGUUUUCUAGUAUGCGUCCUGUGUAUCCUACGGGAAACUGCGAUCUGGCAAGUGGAAAUUUUGUAAGCCGGGACGAACGCUUCGUAACCGGCGUCGCUUUCCGGGAGUCUGAGCUCGACGUGGAUGACGAAGGAAGCUCGAUGAUCGAACCAGGAGUCGUUUUUAAUACCUUGGAUGGGUUUGAUUCUGAAAAUAUGGUCAUGUGCUACGGGCAGGAUCUUCCUGAAGGAGAUGAGAUGAAUCUGGAGAAUGUGGAGUCCUGUCCUAUCUCUGCACCUGAUCACAGGGACCCUCUGCAGUUUCAUCCGACGGAGAUCCAGGAUUACCUCAAGCAUGAACCAGGGCGCAAGUUUAGCGCUGGACAGAUAAAGAGACCGCUUUCGCAGGACGAGGACGUCUCGACUAAGAACGGCAGAGUCCUGGAGAGUCCUGAAGUCAAUCCUGGAGACGUUGGGAGGAUGCUGAAUCUUGGUAACGCCUUGGAUGGUCCACGUCAGGCGCAGGCUAAUAAAUAUCUCAGCCUGGUUACUCUGCAUCUACCUGUCAUUCUGCGAUUGAGCGUAAACUGUCCCUUUCAUAAUGUGAGGAUCAAGUGUGCGGAGAUCCUGGAGAUGGUCAAGGACAGAGGACUUUCAGUGCCGGAACCUGCGUUCGAUGGACCCAGUGCCUUCGUUCCAGUGUCGGAGCUACCGGAUCUGAAUAGCCUCGACGAAAAGACGCACAUCCUGUUGAUGGAUGCCUUUCUCCAGAACAACAGGCUGGACCAUGUCUCCAGGGUGAUGGCAUCUCAUCCAUCCUACCUGGAACAUUUCCUUAGGACGCAACACUUCAUACUCCGUGGCGACGGACCUUUGCCCUACGACUAUCGGCAUCUUAUCGCCAUUAUGGCCGCUGGGAGACAUCAGUGCAGCUACCUUAUUAAUCUGCAGAAGGGCGAAUUCCUCCUUCAGGGCGGAGAUUCCUCUUGGCUUCAGGGUCUCAGGUCGAUUCCCGGAAAGCUGCAGGAUCUUUAUGAGAUCAAUAAGAUCCUCGCCCACAGGCCCUGGCUUCUCAAUAAAACGCACAUCGAGAAGCUGACGAAGGGCGCGGACAGCUGGUCCCUCGCCGAGGUCGUCCACGCUAUCGUCCUCUUGGCCCACUUUCAUUCCCUGUCGUCCUUCGUCUUUUCCUGCGGUAUCAACGAGGAACUCGACAAUGUCAGCGGCCAUCAUUACAUAGAGAACGCCAAGGACAAUAGCAAUAACAAGCAACCUGCCAAAGACAUGCUUACCAGCAGUCCUAAGAAAAUGCAAAACGGUGGCGGCAAGACUGACAACAACCCGUCGCCACCGUCCUCACCGAGUAUAGUCGGCGAGCAGGAGGUAGGCGUCGAGACGCUAAUGGAGCGCAUGAAGCGACUCUCCGAGAAGUCGGAAUCCUAUAAAAUAACGCAGGAGGAACUCUCGAAACGCUUUGAGACCGUCGAGAGCCAGUCGGCUGAAUUGGCCGCAGCACCCCAGAGGAGUUCGAUCCUGGAUUCGGAUAUCGGCCAUUUUAUAGAGGAUCCGACCUUUAUUUAUCAAGACUUUGCUAAGAGAGGUCAGCUUAACGACAUACCCACGUUUCGCGUUCAGGAUUACUCCUGGGACGAUCACGGUUACUCCCUGGUGAAUCGACUUUAUAACGACGUAGGAAAUCUUUUGGAUGAUAAAUUUAAGACGGCCUACAACCUCACGUACUACACCAUGGGCACGCACAACAAGGUCGACACGUCCCGCUUCCGACGCGCCAUCUGGAAUUACAUUCAAUGUAUGUUUGGCAUCAGACACGACGACUAUGACUAUAACGAGGUGAAUCAACUCCUGGAACGUAGCCUGAAAACUUUCAUCAAGAGUGCCGUGUGCUAUCCGGAACGCGUCACCAAGAGGGACUACGACCGAGUCAUGAAGGAAUUCAAGCACAGUGAAAAGGUCCACGUAAAUCUUAUGAUUCUGGAAGCUCGCAUGCAGGCUGAACUUCUUUACGCUCUUCGCGCCGUCAUGCGAUACAUGACCUAAGCUUUCGGAGUCAUAGUUCGAUCGACAUAAGUCAAGACAAGUCAUUUUUCUCAAUCCUUUCCUUGCAUACUUGUGCCCACGGUCUCGUAGUCCGGGACGACUUCGCCAACCUGGCACGUUUGUUGGUGCAGAGUGGCAGUCCUGGAUACUCUACACGUAUACACGUAUUACACUGAACGGAAGUAGAGGCAGAGCAAAAAGUCGGCGACAGAGUUCAGUGGGAUACCUCUCGAGCGUUUUAUCAUCAUCCUCACCUUCAGGAAGAUUCACCUCGUCGUCGUCGUCGUCGGUUUCUUCUGCAUUGUGAACUCUACGUCUGACUUGGCUAUUUCAGGAGGACGAGUGAUUAAGAGUGAUAUUUACAAGUGGAUAGUAAAUAUUGAAAAAAAAAAAAAAAAAAAAAAAAAAAAAAAAAA